AUGGGCCUGAACGAGACUUGUCUGUCGGCCGUGACCCGAUCGGACGAAUCCCUUCUUGGCGCCUGCACCCCCUCCGACUCCGUCUUCUUCUUCAAGACCCACAAGACCGCGAGCAGCAGCGUCCAGAACAUCGUCUACCGCUACGGCUACGGCCGCGGCCUCGCCUUCCUCCUCCCGGACGGCGCGGGUCACCCGACCAACUACUUCGGGCACCCGCGGCCCUUCGACCCGUCGAUGGUGCUCGAGCAGUACUCGAUGGGGCGAGACGUGUACGACGCGUACGCGGAACACGCGAGGCUCAACGUCAGCGGAUUCAAGGCGGUCGUGAAUCCCGAUGCCGUCUGGUUCACCGUUCUCAGGGAUCCGGCUGAGGCUUUCGACAGCAUGUAUCACUACCACGGCAUCUCGAACAAGUAG